AUGGGCGCGGUCAGCAAAUUAUCACAAGUACAGAUCAAAAAAUACAAUGUAAUUUUUGAGAUGUUUGAUGAAGAAGGAAAUGGAGAAGUGAAGACACAAGAGCUAGAGAGGAUGAUGAGUUUAACUGGAAUCAAUCCUACCAAGAGCGAGCUCAUCCAGAUGGCCAAAGAUGUGGACAAAGAAGAUACCUGAAAAAGAGUAUUUAACUAUGAAAGCUUUCUGGGUCUCAUGGUUCUACACCAUGAAAGAACAAAGAACCAGGAUUCUGAACUCAGAGCUGCUUUUAGAGUAUUUGAUAAAGAGGGUAAGAAAUAUAUUGCCUGA